GGUAAAUGUUUCAGUGGCUUUUAAUCAGGCGCUGCUGGGGCCGAGGGGACCGCUGUGUUUGGUGGGAAGCUAGCCCGGGUUAGCUGUGUGACAUGCCGCCCUAGCUGUAGCAGCAGGAUACACCUCUCCUCUGGACCCAUUCUCUGCCUUGCUGCGUGUGUUUUUAAUCUCAAGAGAUAUCCAGUACAUCAAAUCCAUCUGUGGCCCGUCCCUCAUAGCUGUGCUCUCUCAACUUUGGGUUUCCUCGUCUUUUGUGGCCCUGCAACAUGGAGUCUAACCACGUUGUCACCAAAGGCUGACCAGAAGGAAUGAGGCACUCCAGGACAUGUUUCCAAAUCGCCUUGUGGAUGCAGUAGCUGGAGUUUGGAGUGCUUUUUUAUGACUAGCAUUUUAUGUGCAUCUGUGGGCACAGCAUAGCAUAACCUGCCUAUUCCGCAGGCAGGGAAAUGCUACUCUGAGACUGGUGCUGGAAACAAGCACAAGGAAGGAGCCCCUGCAGUAAACGAGGAACCCAAAGACAAAAGGGAACCCUCAGCAAAAGACGCGUCUUCAUCGACACACUUCAGCUGUAGUUUGAGCUUGUUUUCUCAAUGGUCUUGUGAACCAUUGCACAUUUUAGCAGCAAACACCUUUCCUCUGUCCUGAUUUAUCUUCCUCCCUCUCUCUGAAGCCUUCUCAGUCACUGUUAUUGGGAUUUCUCUGGUUUGCAUGGCUGGAGAAUAACCGUGGAGAGGCCAGGGUAUCACAAGCUUAUGGAUAUUGACAAGAGAGGGGGCAAGGGAGAGACAGAGGAAGGGAAAAAGAUGUCUAAGACAGCAGGCAGCAGGACUGGACAUGGGGGCCGGAGUUCUGGGACCAAUUCUGGAGUUCUUAUGGUUGGUCCAAACUUCCGUGUGGGCAAAAAAAUUGGCUGUGGGAACUUUGGCGAGCUGCGGCUGGGAAAAAAUCUCUAUACUAAUGAAUAUGUGGCCAUCAAAUUGGAGCCUAUAAAGUCGAGGGCGCCACAGCUCCAUUUGGAGUAUAGAUUUUACAAACAGUUGGGAAACUCAGAGGGAAUCCCUCAGGUGUAUUACUUUGGUCCUUGUGGGAAAUACAACGCCAUGGUGCUGGAGCUGCUCGGACCCAGUCUAGAGGACCUGUUCGACCUCUGCGACCGCACCUUCUCCCUCAAGACCGUCCUCAUGAUAGCCAUACAGCUGAUAACACGGAUGGAGUUUGUCCACACCAAGAGUCUGAUAUACAGAGAUGUGAAGCCAGAGAACUUCCUGGUUGGGCGGCCGGGAAGCAAACGGCAGCACACCAUUCACAUCAUCGACUUUGGUCUGGCCAAAGAGUACAUAGACCCUGAGACCAAAAAACACAUCCCCUACCGGGAGCACAAGAGUCUGACCGGGACGGCACGCUACAUGAGCAUCAACACACACCUGGGGAAAGAGCAAAGCAGAAGGGAUGAUUUGGAGGCGCUGGGUCACAUGUUUAUGUACUUCCUCCGAGGUAGCCUCCCGUGGCAGGGCCUCAAGGCGGACACUUUGAAGGAGCGGUAUCAGAAAAUCGGAGACACCAAACGAGCGACGCCAAUUGAAGUGCUUUGUGAAAGCUUCCCCGAAGAGAUGGCCACCUACCUGCGCUACGUGAGGAGGCUGGACUUCUUCGAGAAGCCUGAUUACGACUACUUGAGAAAGCUCUUCACCGAUCUGUUCGACAGGAACAACUACGUCUUUGACUACGAGUACGACUGGGUCGGCAAAUCACUUCCCACACCGAUAGGCCCCAUCCCCAGUGACACGCCCCUGCAGCCCAGCAGAGACAAAGCACAACAGCAGACCAAAAACCAGUCUCCCGAGCCCAAAGGAAGUGAGUCUCAGCCCACUCCCGUGACCAAUAAGGAGACUCUGGGGUCGCACCUCACAGCUGAGCGGCUGGGGGGCUCUGUUCAGGUGAUGAGCUCAACGAAUGGCGAGCUGAACACUGACGACGCCACAGCUGUACACUCCAACGCUCCCAUCACCGCCCCCACCGAGGUCGAGGUGGCUGACGAAACCAAGUGCUGUUGUUUCUUCAAAAGGAGAAAGAGGAAAGCCCUCCAGAGGCACAAGUGAAGAAGAGCACGGAGAGAGAACUUGAAACAUUGUGGUCACUGUCAAGUUUUAAAUGGAAGCAACUACACAGACCCAUCCCCUCGCCUCUUCUCUCUUUCCAGCUUCCCCCCCUCCUCACCUCUUUUCCCCUCUCACCUCCUUUCACUUUGUACCCCCCUCCCUACCCCACCAGGCUCUCUCUUUCCUGUCUCAGUGCUCUCCGGCUACCGGCGAGUUAAAGGAAUGUUGCGGAUUCCACAACAGACUCUGAUUCCUUUUUAUCGACGCAGAAUAAACGUACAUGCAUUACAACCGGGGGGGCUUGAGAGAAAACGUUAAAAAAAAAGCUGUAACAAUGAAACUCGAAUACCGUGGCGUGAAUAUGAAAAAAGAUACUGUUUGAAACAGUUGUUGUAUUCUAGAUUCCAUAACGAACGUGUAUUGUUCCAACAGUCAGCUGUUGAUCAGGGGGAAUCAUUCAAGUGGUUCAAGUGAAAGAAACCUGCUCCUUAGGAAAAUGUUUUUUCUUUAUUUUUCUUUUUUCUUCCUUUGGUGUGUGUUUUUGGGAUCAAGGUAAAGAGGAAACGAUGAACUAUGCUGAUGUUAAUCUGAGCGACACAGGAAGCAUUUCAUCUACUGUAUGAAACCGAAUUUGGAGGAUUUUUUAUGUAUUUUUUUUCCUCUUUUUUUUUUCUUCUUUUGUAUUUUGAAUCCUCAGUUUUCGAAGUCAAAUUCCUGCAUUGAAAACUUACUUUUAUGUUGUAGUGUUCUGGAGUUCAGUUCUUUUUCCUCACUCUGGCUUUCUUUUUGUCUGUCGACAUGGACUUUGUAGCACAGUCACUGGCCUCAGGUACUGUGGAAGAUCGAGAGAAACAGAUAUUAAGCUCUCUUAUUAUUGUUAUUAUUAUUAUUGCACUUUUGGAAAAAAAAAGAAUAAGACAAAUUACAGUGGAAAACUCUAGGUUUGAAAUUAACAAUUAAGAAAACAAACUUAAUAAAGACUGAUCUAGGAAGAGUCCUUCACAACGCUUAUAUCGGAGUUAUGGUCGGGAAAAUAUGUUGUUGAUUUACAUGAAAAGAGAAAGAUGUCUUUCGAUUUUUAUUUCUUACAUCAAAAAUAAUUUACCAGGAAAUCAUAGUUUGUGCCUUUCUAAGUAAAAUGUUUAAAGCUCAAGUGAGUGUCCCGCGAUGACAUUUUAUCUAAUCUGUUCCAAAUGCUCUGGAUUACUGUGUGCGUUUGUGUGAGUGUGUUUGCGCAUGAACAUUUUUUUGUAAGUGAGCUUGACUGUAUGACUACACACAUCCCCUUAUUAUCACCACGUCUUAUCACAAUACUGUGCGUCCUCUUCCUGGGCUGUGACGAUCAACACAUCUGUACAGUGGUGUGUGUUUCAGAGAGGGAACAGGACUGUGUGUGGUGGGGGGAGGCUCAGACAUCCAGCAGAUCCCAAAUCUGUCUGAGCUACCGUUUCAUUUUUGUAAGGAGGUCACAGACUUGUUUAUAAGGUGCGUUGUCGUGUCUGUGAAAUGAUGAGACUGUUUCUAAUCAGCAAAAGGGAAAAGUCAUAUUCCCUGGCUUCCUUGCUGCUGUAAACAACUGCAGCUUCA